ACUAUUUCCUCUCCCUUCCAUCGCGCCGCUGCUCUCAACACUCGCACACACGCCAAACUCCACAAGCCGCGAGAAUGCCGUUCAAGAGGUAUAUCGAGAUCGGGAGGGUGGCUCUCAUCAAUUACGGUGAAGAUUACGGAAAGCUUGUAGUCAUCGUUGAUGUCAUUGAUCAGAACAGAGCUCUGGUUGAUGCCCCUGAUAUGGAGAGAUCUCAAAUGAAUUUCAAGAGGCUCUCCCUAACUGAUAUCAAAAUUGAUAUCAAGAGAGUCCCAAAGAAGAAGGAGCUGAUUGAAGCCAUGAAAGUUGGGGAUGUUCAGAAGAAAUGGGAGAAUAGCUCUUGGGGCAGAAAACUGAUUGUUAGGAAGAGAAGAGCAUCGCUCAAUGACUUCGACAGGUUCAAGCUUAUGUUGGCUAAGAUUAAGAGGGCUGGAUUGGUUAGGCAAGAGCUUGCAAAGCUGAAGAAGGCUGAAUCUUAGAGGUUCAUUUUUUCAACGGAUUUUCCCAUUUUGCUGUCCUUUUAACUUCUAUAGGGUGGUUGAUUCUAUAGUUCCAAACUUUUUGUAGCAGUAUUUUCUCAAGUCAUUGUGUUCAACUUCUAUUUUUAAUCUUAUUAUGCUGAUUUCUUAUUUGGAUAUCAAUUGCCAACUUUAUCACCUUCUAUGUAAAAGGUCAUUGUGUUAAUUGGUUUUUCAUACUUAUUGCAUGAGAGUUUCAAAUGAAAGGCGAGGUUUUGAGUUA